AGCUUGUACCCUUAGACACGACGGUAUGGGCAACAUUUCAAAACUACAACGUCGUGUGUCUCGUCUUCUCACCAUUCCAGCCAGCAUGACACGCCAUAAAACCAGUCACAAAGAACCCCAAGUGCCAGACUAUGGUGAAAAAACUAUAAACAACUCCAAGACUCCUGAUAUCGUAUCAAGACCGCCUUACACAAUCAGGGAAGCGCCCCUCGGAACUUCCAAACAUGUCCGGAUCGUAGGUAUUGGGGCGGGGGCUAGCGGCAUAAACAUGAUACGGACCCUCAGGAGAAAUAUAACCAACUACGAAUUCAUAAUCUACGAAAAGAACAGGAAAGUCGGCGGGACGUGGUUCGAGAAUCGAUACCCGGGAUGUAGAUGUGACGUACCAAGUCACAACUAUCAGUUCUCAUGGCGUCCGAAUCCCGAAUGGUCCAAUUUCUUCGUGCCUGCCGGGGAGAUUGGGCAAUAUCUAGAUCGGAUAUGCGAAGAGGAGGGUAUGUUGGACGUCAUAAAGACUCAACACAAAGUUGUUGGCGCCUGGUGGGACGAGGACCGUGGCCUUUGGGACUUGAGCGUCGUGAAUCUUGAAACCGGUCAAGAGUUCAGGGAUAGUGCCAACUUCCUUGUUAACGCAGCAGGCAUUCUAAAUAACUGGAAAUGGCCAGAUAUCUCGGGUAUAAAUGACUUCAAGGGGGACCUAAUACAUACUGCUAGCUGGCCUAAAGACUUCGACUAUACUAACAAGACCGUCGCUGUGAUUGGAAAUGGCUCGUCUGGUAUCCAGCUACUUCCCACGAUCCAGCCAGGUGUCAAAAAGCUGUACCAUUUCGUCCGUACUCCGACAUGGAUCAUUCCCCCACGAAUAUUGUCUAUGAAGGUGAUGGGGGGACCUGCGAAAGAGAUCUUAAGCGAGAUAGAGCUCGACGAGAAGGAGAAUUUUACGCCACGGCAAAUCGAGAAGUUCAAGGCUGACCCUGCCUUUUACCGCAAAUUUAUCAAAACAAUUGAGAAGGACAGCAACGGAGCGUUCGCACUCAUCGUGAACGGUAGUCCGGCGCAGAAGUUUGCAACGAGUAAGGUUGUCGAGUAUAUGACAGCAGCGCUAGGGGGCGACGAGAGGCUUUGCAAGGCCCUAAUCCCCAAGUUUCCUCUGGGAACUCGCAGAAUAACGCCGGCGCCAGGCUAUUUGGAAGCUCUUAGGGCUCCGAAUACAGAAGUCAUCACAGAGAGGAUUGCUGCAGUUGUGCCGGAAGGUAUCCAACUCGAAUCAGGCGAGGUCAUCAAGCUAGACGCUAUAAUAUGCGCUACGGGCUUCGAUACAUCCUUCGUCCCACGAUUCCCCAUCGUUGGCAGACACGGGAACGUUCAGGACGCGAUGAAGACAGAAACGCCGAAGGGCUACAUGUCAUGCGCGCUUCCCGGCGUGCCCAACUACUUCACCUUCCUCGGUCCCAACGGGCCCAUCGGCCACGGCAGCGUCUUCACCCUCAGCGAGCAUAUAGCCAGGUACAUCACACGCAUAAUAGCCAAGUGCCAGAAAGAAAGCAUCAAGGCGAUCGCGCCGUCAGACGCGGCAGUCGCCGACUACGCGCAGCACGUGGCGGCCUUCAUGCCGCGCACGGCGUGGGCUGCGCCGGGGAAAUCCUGGUUCAAGGGCGGCGCCGAGGACGGGCCUGUGACGGCCCUGCACCCGGGGAGUCGCGUGCACUUCUUCCACAUGCUCGAGCACUUCCGCGGCGAGGACUUCGAGUACGUCUACGACGGCCCCGCGGGUAAUAGGUUCCACUACUUGGGCAAUGGCUUCUCGGCUAGGGAGCUUGAUCCUAGUGUCGAUUCGACUUGGUACUUGGACGAGGCGGUGGACGGUCCUGUAUAUAUGUAAUUGCCUAAGGUGCCUAGGUACAUAUAUAAGGCACUUAUAGAUAGCAGGAGCCAAGUUUAUAAGGAUUGGUAUUGUGAAUGUCUACCGCC